AUAUAUGUUGAAAGUUGCUAAAAGAGAACAUGUUGUUUAUCAUCAGAAUGGCUGAAAGCAUCAAUCUGAAUACUGUCUUGGCCUUGCUGACAUGUUUCUCGACCUCCAUCCUAUUCUGCUCGGCAGGAGACAGCGAUAACCUCUACGACGUCUGCCCUACCGACACGACGCACCGGAAGAUCUUCAUCAACGGCUUUCCCUGCAAGGACCCUCUAAACGUGACGGCCUCAGACUUCAAGUCCUCGCUGCUUAACGAAGCUGGCGACACGGACAACUUCUACCGCUCGUCUAUGACCUUCGCCACUGCCGCCGAGUUCCCGGGGCUCAACACCCUUGGCCUCUCAGCUGCCCGGAUAGACAUAGAAGUCGAUGGCACGGUGAUGCCACACGCUCACCCGAGGGCAACGGAGAUGAUCUUCGUCAGGGCCGGAGUUGUGGUGGCUGGAUUCGUCGACUCCAAUAACCAGGUGUUUCAGACACGUCUCGACGAAGGAGGGGUGUUUGUGUUCCCAAAAGGGCUGCUGCAUUACUGCUUCAACGCUGGUUUCGAGCAGGCCACCCUUUUCUCGGUUCUGAACAGCCAGAACCCGGGGCUUGCCAGCAUUGCAGGUGCAAUGUUUGGGAGUAAUGGUGCAGAUGCAAAGGUGAUGCUGAUGGAGAAGCUGAAGUCCAAAGGGGAUUUGAAUGGGGUUAGUAGUGUGGAUUUGUUUGGGUAGAGCAGGGGUGUGAGAUUGGGCUGUUGGAGAGAGUUUCCUCUGUUCGGACUUGUUUCUUGACAAAUGCAUGUGUGCGCAAUUGCUAUGCGUUUAGAUGUUGAAGUUUGAAUUUUUUGUUAUCUUUGGAUUGAGGAUUUGUGUUAUUAUUCAACAUGUGUACAUGUACAUCUGAUUAUGAGAUUCCACAAAUAAUUGAGUAGGUCUUUUGAUUC